CGUCCUCAUCUCCUUUUCUAUCUUUGGAACAUAAAGCAUGGUGAAACAUACAUAGAAUGUCCUCAAAAACCAGCCAACUUUUCAAUUUCAUCUGCUUUUGAAACCCCUCUUCUACAGAAUAAAAUAAAAACAAAACACUGUUUUUUUCUUUCUUUCUUAUAUAUCGAAGAUAUUAUUCAUUUUCUCUUCAGUUUCAUUCAUGGAUACUGCUCUAUGGCCACAGGAAAUUGUCACAAAUGCAUGUUCAAAACCUGCAGAUUUAGAGAGAAAAGCUGCUGCUAAGCCUCAGAAACAACAAGCUUUGAACUGUCCCAGGUGCAAUUCAAUGAACACCAAGUUCUGUUAUUACAACAAUUACAGUCUCAGACAACCUAGGUACUUUUGCAAGACUUGUCGAAGGUACUGGACUGAAGGCGGUUCUCUCAGGAACAUCCCUGUCGGAGGUUGUUCAAGAAAAAACAAAAGACCAUCAUCAUCAUCCAAAAAGCUUCCUGAUUUGGUUAAUAACCCUAAGAUCCAUGGAGGCCAAGAUCUCAACUUAGCUUACCCAGUUAGUGAAGUUUACACCACAAGUAUGUCUGAAUUUGUUGAAGUCCCUAAUAGUAGUGUAGAAAACAAUAAGAAGGAAAUUCCUCCUUCAUUGUUCCCUAGAUGUCAUGUUUCAGCUUUGGAGUUGGUUACUGGAAUGUCAUCCAAGGGGUCGGAUCCUUUCAUUCCCAUGCCAGUUCCAGAUCCAAACACAGUUUAUACGCCUGGGUUUCCUUUGCAAGAGUAUAAACCAACGUUAAAUUUCUGUGUGGACGAGGUUGAAGAGACAAAUGGGAGGCUACUGUUUCCGUUUCAAGAUCUGAAGCAAACAACUGAUAAUGAAGAUAAUAAGGAACAAGGAGAUUCAUCAGCUGGAUUUUGGAAUGGGAUGUUAGGUGGAGCAUCAUGGUAAUUAAAGAACAUGAAAAGCAAUACUGCCCUCUGAUCUUUUCUUUUCUUUUUUUCCUUUUCAGCUUUUCUUUGAUUUGUUAAAGUGAGUGGGUUGGGUUGGGGAUGACUUGUUUAGAUUUCUUCAUUACUAACACAUAGGAAUACGUGGGGUUUCAUGGUUAAGAUUAUUAUUAUUAAAUUUCUCUCUAGUUUAGUACUUGAAAAUAACUAGUCUUUCAUUCUUGUUUUUCUUAUUUUACCACUUGGAAAGCCUAAAUUACAUGGAUACUGUGUUACAAGAGAUCAAGUUAAACCCAGAUUUAUUUUAGGGUUAAAAA